ACUUGAGAUAAAACCCAAGGACAACCGUCCCACAUCGCCGGCAUCUCGUGGCGAUCUCACCGCAACCUGUCAGGCCCCUCCACCGCAUCAAUCUCGACCCCUUUGAACCCCGAAAUUCUGAACACUUCCAGCCAACCAAGUCUCUCGAAUCGAUACCACUCGUCCCGCCUGGACGUUUAGGUACGGUUACCAAGCAAAGCGCGUCCAUCUGCGGCGAGGGUCGUAUGGGUUGAAUAGUAUGGCACAUGCUCCGGCACUUUUACGGACGAACACGGCCCCCGUCUUCCCAGCCAACAACAAUUACGGACCUAUGUCGGUGUCUACUACGAGCAGCCUCCGCACAAGCCAGUUAUCCGGCUCGACAGCCAUCAACUCGUCGAAUUCUUCGCUUUCAUCUAUGGUUCCCCCAUCGAGCAACGGCAAUGUGGUGCCCACCACCAAUAUUAUCAACCAGAGAGCCGAUGCCUCCAGGUCGCUAUAUCAGAUCUGUAUCGCGCUGAAGCAGCGACUUACUCGCGUCCCUGGUUUCGAGGUUCACCUCGAUGCCCUACCACCAACCCACAAUGAAGAUGGCCCCGUGGAAUCCUUAUGGAAUCUGCUGCGAACUGGAGUACCUCUUUUGACUAUAUAUAACUGCUUGCAGCUAGAAAGCCCAUUAGAGAUCGAUCCUACGGCCGUCGAGACUAAGCGACCCAAAUUAGCCGUAUUCAAAUUCCUCCAGGCUAUCAUGAAACGUCCCGAGAUCCCCUCCGAGUCCUUUAUGAUCAGUGAUUUGAUGGGAAAUGAUACUACUGGUUUCGUCAAGGUUACCCAAAUUGUGAAUCAUGUUUUGGACCUUGCCGAGCAGCGAGGUCUACUUCUGCAGGUCCAAACGUAUCAGGAGGAGAGUGGACCGACGGCACCCGGGUCUCGAAUGACAUAUCGCGACCAUAUCAUCCAAGAACUUGUCGAUACCGAGCGAAAAUACGUCCAAGAUCUGGAGAAUCUGCAUGAUCUUAAGAAAACUUUAGAGCAGAAGGGUGUGAUUACCGGUGAUAUCAUCCACCAAAUAUUCUUGAACAUAAAUUCGAUAUUGGAUUUUCAAAGGCGAUUCUUGAUUCGUGUCGAAACUACAAACACGAUAUCGCAGGAUAUGCAACGAUGGGGUGCGCCGUUUGUCACAUACGAAGAUGCCUUCGAUAUUUAUCAACCCUUUAUUGCAAAUCAGCGGAAAGCAGGCCAAAUAGCGAACAAAGUCUUUGAUAAGAUUCAAUUGGCUGAGCAUCCUGUGUCGUUUGAUUUUAACACAUUGGACAGUUUCCUCCUAAAGCCAAUGCAGAGAUUGGUCAAAUAUCCUUUACUGCUAGGGUCUCUCUUGAAAAAGUGCGAAGAUGAAGAAGUCAAGGCCGACUUAGCUGCAGGUAUCAAAGCAGCAGAACGAGUUCUUACGAAGGCGAACGAGGCAGUCAAUCGUGACCUGCUAGAUGAAGCUUUGGAAGAACUCACAAAUAGAGUGGACGACUGGAAGAGCCAUAACGUCAAGUCUUUCGGACGGUUGUUGUUGCACGGUGUGUAUACUGUCAUUACUGGACGUAGUGAGCAAGAAAAGGAUUAUGAGAUUUACCUGUUCGAGUGUAUCCUCCUCUGCUGCAAAGAGGUACAGCCAAACAAAACCAAGGAUAAGAAAGACAAGAAUAAAUCUGCGCCGAAGGUCCCGAAUAAAAAUAAUAAACUGCAGCUUAAGGGGCGGAUAUUUAUGACAAACGUGACCGAAGUCCUCUCCUUCGCAAAACCGGGUUCAUAUACGGUGCAAAUAUGGUGGAAGGGCGACCCCGGCGUAGAAAACUUUAUCAUUAAGUUUUCUAACGAGGAAACGAUGAAGAAGUGGGAGACGGGGCUGGUCUCGCAGAAGAAAGAACACGCACCGACCACAGCUAUAAGCCCCGAACAGUCCACACCGGAUUUUGCAUGGAUGCGAAAUCAGGGCGGUCUCGAGAAUCCCUACGCUCAGCAGGACGACGAUGAGGAUGAGGAAGAGGAAGAAACGGUGUCAGUACAAGUUACGCAACCGAGCGAAGGCUUCGGUGGCGUUCCGAAUGGUGGAGUUAUCAAUCGUAAUACCUCAAGUACAAGCCUUAGGCAACGCUCUGCUACUGGAGAGAGUAACCUCUCGUUAGCAGGUAUCGCUCGAGCGCCGCCGCCGCGCUUCCCUCUCCCGGCACCUCCAGGGCAGUUGAGUCUUCAAACACAAGGUGGCACGCAGUCGCCUAGUGCUCGUGCUAUGGAGUCGUAUUUUUCUCCCACAGCAGAGUCUCCUGCGUCGUCACGGACAAGCACCGCAAGUACCUUGUUUGCAUCCACAAGUGGACAGCAGUACCCGUUCCCAAGGAUUGGAACGCCUCAGAGCGGUUGGGAAGAUAACAAUCGUUACACUGCCCCAGCUUUGCCACGAGCUCCCUCGAGAGACGGUCCAUCACCGAUGAAUGGAAGGAAUUCUGCCAGAACGGCUUCUUUUCAGCAGCAACGUAGCCGGUCCUAUAGCACUCCAGACAUCAACGCGCAGCCAAACGGACGUAGGACUAACAACAGUACCCCGGUCCCCGCCGUACCUGGGAUUCCAUCUCAUCUUCACCCUGCACACGACCCGAGCAUCCCGCGAUCUCAAACCGGUUCACCCAGACAGGACAUCCCCAUCCGUACCAACACGCAGAGCCCAGGUGUACAGCGUGACGGAGGGACCAUGUCUCAAUUCCCCACACAACCUGUCUAUCCUCGACAAGCAACUCCAGCCUCGGGGACGACAACUGGAGGGGCAGCACCUCCGACACUGAAUAUAGAUAAUCGACAGCCCGUGUCACCGCCGCUGGGCACUGCUACGCAAGGCAACCCACUCUCAAGUCCGGAUUCGUCAAUUCCCGCUCAAUUGAAAGUCAAGGUGAACUGCGAUAGUGGGAACUAUUUCACGCUUGUUGUUCCGUUUAAUAUCGCGUAUCAGUCUCUUAGCGACCGCAUCGAUGUUAAGCUUGCGCGAUUCACAACCAGUUCGAUUGCUAAGGGCACCCUGAAGCUGCGAUAUCGUGAUGAAGAUGGAGAUGCUGUGACAAUUGAAAGUGACGACGACAUCCAAAUCGCAUUCUCGGAGUGGGGUGAAGGUGCGCGCAAUUUUUCUGGCGGCGUUGGAGAAAUAGAGCUUUUCUGCGUCGGAGAAACGAGUUGAGCCUAUCCCAGGAGGCUUGGCGAUAGGAAUCGAAGGGAACUUUCGACACGAAAUCUUUACUAAUACGGCGAUAAUUUAUUCACAGACGGCCGAGGCGUAAUCCCGACACUAGCUGCAUUGAUAUUGCUCUGGUGUUAGCACGCUCAUAACAGACGAUUCAAUAUCGAUACUACUUCCUACCCUGCAGAUCUUCCAAACGUUCAUUUUAUGACUUUACGAUUCUUGCACAUAUUUUAGAUACCAGACCUUUUUUGGUCACACAUGGAUUGGCUUUGGGUCCUUGCCAGAUGAAAAGGAGCUUUACAUUCGUUCGCACGCUUUAGUGCUACAAGAGAACUGUCGAUCGUUAUGGAUACGCUUCUAUUACAGAGCCCUUUUGCGGCUUAGUGAGCAAUCAUUUUUGGUUCGAUCCGAAUCUUAUGUUUUACAACACAUCCGACUAUCAUUACCGUAUGAAGCGGCACAAGCAUUCAACGAGAUUCAAGGGCUUUUACUGGGUUGGGUAGCAUGGCUACUAGCCCAUAGAGGGAGCCACAAGAAGGAUAAUCAGGUAUUUCGGACUUUGGCCGUUUUUGAUAACCUUGCACGGGUCGGCGCUAGUUAAGAAUGGAUGGCGGUUCUGCUGUUUCCCACGUCUCACUUUGCAAACAUGAAAGAGCAAGAGGAUUGUUAUAG